UUGCCGAGCUGUGCGUGGUUGCACUAGGGUUUUAUUCCUGCUAUUUCCAGAGUGUGAGGGACGUGGAAGUUGCUGAGAGGGAGAAGGGUGGUGUGGAAGGCAAGGAGGCCGCGUAGGAUGGGAUGGCCCACCUCUCUUGCGGUCAUGUUGGCAUUUGUUCAGGGCAUCGUUUACGUUUGCAUUCGGUGUCCUCGAAAACGAUGGGCGAGUGGACGUACGGCCUCAGCCUGGUGCAAGGGCGAAGCUCUUCAACAUUGAGAUUUUCUAUAUGCCAGUGGACUCGUUGUUUUUCGAGCCUUCGUAGCGAUGGGUAUUCGUCAAUACUCGUUGAAGGCAGUGCAAUCGAGUUGUGCAUUGCGUUAGUAGCAGCGCAGAAAAGCACAUUGUUUCAAUGUUGUCUGGUAGGCAGGCAAUGCAGGCUUUCUGCCUCAGGCUACAUUAAACUUCAUCAUUACUACAGCCUGCUCAGAACGGCAGCAGCUCGUAUGGUUACAUCCGAGGGGCUUGGGGCUUCCACACACUAAGCAUACACUUCUAUGUUUUCCUUCCGCCGCUGGAUCGCCGAAAACCUCGACCGGGUCUUCCUCCGCAUCGCCAGGUUCUGCGCAGUUGUCCUGGUGCUCGCUUUACCCAUCCAAAUCUACCGCACCGGCGAUCCCCUUCUCCGGGGAAUGGUCUGGCCCACCUUGUGCGUCUCCGCUACAUUG